AUGGACACUCCUCGACCUAGAGGCAUUGUGGUCUUCGGAGGUGGUACAGCAACCAAUAGUCUGGUAGACGUAUUCGAAGAUAUCAGAGAGAGCCGAAAUUGCUCUCUUAGUUAUGUCAUACCCAUUAGUGACAAUGGUGGAAGUUCAUCCGAGCUAAUUCGUGUAUUUGGUGGUCCUGGCAUUGGUGAUGUUCGCAGUAGGUUGGUGCGUUUAAUUCCCGGAUCGGAGACGGAUGCGGAACGAGCAUCCAUCAAGGGGUUGUUCAACCACAGACUAUCCUCGGAUCCAGUCCAGGCGCGAUUACAAUGGCUGGAUAUCGUCGAAGGACGAGACAAAUUAUGGACCAACAUCUCAAGUGAGAAACGUGAGCUCAUUCGGUCUGUCUUCAAUCUCGUCAAUCUCGAGAUAGUGAAGAGGGCUCGGCCCAGUUCCGUCUUUAACUUCGCUAAAGCUAGUAUCGGGAAUUUAUUCUUGACUGGAGGGCGCGUCUUCACAGGUUCACUAGAGUCAGCCAUUUAUCUUCUCUCUACUAUCUGCUGCAUCCCGCCAACCGUCUCCACCUUGCCAGCCAUAAAUACCAACUUCACACAUCACAUCUCAGCAGGUCUCGCCAACGGGACCCAGAUCACAGGACAGAACUCCAUCUCGCACCCAUCCGCACCUACAUCACUACCCGAUGAUGACUUACUCCUCGGCAAUAACAAUCAUGAAUCCUCAUCGUUACAACUACAGCAACGAUUCCGGGAGAUGGAAGAGCAUGAUAGAAUCGAAGACGCAACACUUCCCGGAUCAUUACCGACGCUCCGCAGGCAGUACAUCGACUUCAGCAAAGCAGAUGAAGAGGACCUCCCAGCGCGCAUCGAACGCAUCUGGUACAUAAACCCGUACGGACACGAGAUCUGGCCACUAGCCAACCCCAAAGUCCUAGACGCGGUCCGGCGGGCGGGCGCCGUUAUUUAUAGCAUCGGCAGUCUAUACACAUCUAUCAUACCGAGCCUGGUGCUGCGCGGAGUGGGCGCAGCACUUGCCGAUUCAGGUGUGCGGUAUAAAGUGCUAAUCCUGAACUCCUCGGUAGACCGCGAGACAGGACCAAGCGCUUCGCCGCUGACGGCUACGGAUUUCGUGCGGGCUAUUACACGUGCGGCUGCCGAGAGCCAGGGCGACUUUGCUAUCGAUGAAAAGCGUAAGGCUGAACCGAGGAGAUACGUGACACACCUAAUCUACCUGGAGGGCGAAGGGGCGCCUAAAGUGGAUAAAGACGAGCUGGCGGCGUUAGGUAUAGAUUGUAUUCGGGUUUACGGGCGACGAGCGGAAGGUAUGUUGAGAUAUGAUGAGGCGGGCCUGGCAAGGGCACUGGAAGCCGUGAUUGGCAAGCCGGAAAUGUUGAGAAGUCGUAGAAACACAAGUGGACAGUGA